AGGGCACUUCUGUACUGCAAAUACUUUGACUUCUCCCAAAGAAACCCUAGGAAUUGUAGUUUGGUGACAUGCUCCGAAUUAUGUGUGGAUUGCUAGCCUCCCUAGUAGAAAUGUUGUUUCCGGAGUCUUUGCGUAUUGUGGGUGCACCCUGCUCUCUCCUCUUGCUUAUCCUGCAGGCUUAAAGCGAACAAUACACAGAAUAAAAAUGGCUAAAGGUGUCCCAAAUAAGCCAAAGGGCAAGAUGUCUGCUUAUGCCUUCUUUGUGCAGACUUGCCAUGAGGAACACAAGAUGAAGAACCCAGAAGUUCCCGUCAACUUUGCAGGGUUCUCCAAGAAGUGCUCAGAGAGGAGGAAGACCAUGUCAAGCAAAGAGAAGGGUAAAUUUGAUGAGAUGGCUAAAGCUGACAAAGUACGGUAUGAUAGAGAAAUGAAGGAUUAUGGACCAGCCAAGGGUGGUGGUGGUGGUGAUGAUGAUGAUGAGGAUCCCAAUGCUCCCAAUCAGUCACCGUCUGGAUUCUUCCUCUUCUGCUCAGAGUUCCGUCCCAAGAUAAAAUCCACCAAUCCUGGUCUCUCCAUUGGAGAUGUGGCAAAAAAACUGGGUGAAAUGUGGAACAACCUCAGUGAUGAGGAGCAGCAGCUUUAUAACAACAAGGCUGCAAAACUGAAGGAGAAAUAUGAGAAGGAUGUUGCAGACUACAAGUCUAAAGGCAGGGUUGACGAUGCAAAGAGGGCUGCAGCUAAAGCCACCACUGCAGCUCAGGAAAAGGAAGAUGAGGAGGAAGAGGAUGAUGAUAAAUGAGAAACUGUAUAAUAUUUGUCUCCAUGUGAAUAUCAUAGAAUAGGGGAAACACCAUCUGGAAAAGAUAAUAAAUUGCACCUCUUAUUUGAGAGGGUCUUAUUUGUCCUUAUUAGGUUUAAUGAUACAAUUUGGAUUUUGACACCAUAGCUUCUUUGAAAGUGCUUCUUAGAGCACUUAAAACAAAGUGCUCUAAAAAUAUACAGAAAGGAAAACAAACCAUCGUUAACUGGUAUACAUGAAGUGGCCAUGGGUGUCUUUGGGUACCCUGAAACUGUAACAAAGUUGUACAUAUUUCCAAACAUUAGUAAAACAAAAAAAGAGUGGAAACAAGACGCUCUACUCUGUGCACUUUGUGGUUGGUGUAACAAAGCAUUUAAAAAUGUUUCAAGCAUCUUAUUUUUUAAUUUGUAAGGUCAUGUUUAACUAUAGGUUAUUGGCUAGAAAAUCCUGGGUUAUAAACUGUACAUAUCUGUAUUUUGUGGUUCAUGCUUUGAGUGGUGAUCCCUUAGGGGAAGGCAAAUGACUUUUAAUAAAGCUGUAAUGCUUUUCCAUAGGGCUGUCACUUUUUGAGGCAUGCACUGCGAAAGUAGAUUUACACUACAGUGGGCGUCCAUUUAAAAUUGUCUUUCUGUAAAUAGUGAAAUUAGCAUUCUGCAGCCAUUCAUAGUUGUGGAAGGCGGGUGGUUCAGCUGGGCAUGAGAAAUUGUAUGGAAUCUUUUUCCCCCCCUUUAGUUAAGUGGGGUAGUUGUUAAACAGAAACUGCAGGCCUCUUCAUUGUCAUCUUAUCCUGUUGUAAACUGCCCUGAGCCAUUUUGGAAGGGCGGUAUAUAAAUAGAAUGAAUGAAUAAAUAAAAGUGAAGAGAUGGCGCAGAAGCAAGUUCAAAAACACUCUGUACUUAAAGAGAAAAUAUGCAAAAAUGUUCUGUUUGGGUUUUUUGUAUGUUUAGAAUGCUGAAAUGUGUUUGAAGCAAAAAAAUAAACAUUAUUACAUUUGGGAGGGGGAAGAAAUAUUGUUUCCUGGGGAGGAAUAAUGAUCCUAAAUCCAGUUUAAUGUAGGACUGCCACUUUGAACCAAUUAACUGGUUAAUGAAGACCUUUUAAUUGAUUAAAGAGGCAUUCCCAACUAACUGGGACAUUUAGAUGUUAAUUAUCUUUAACAUAAGUAUUCCUAUGAUGGUGCCAGCCACUUAAUGGCACAGCGGGGAAAUGACUUGAUUAGCAAGCCAGAGGUUGCCAGUUCAAACCCCCCUGAUAUGUUUCCCACACUAUGGGAAACACCUAUAUCGGGCAGCAGCAAUAUAGGAAGAUGCUGAAAGGCAUCAUCUCAUACUGUGUGGGAGAUGGCAAUGGUAAACCCCUCCUGUAUUCUACCAAAGACAACCAUAGGGCUCUGGUUGCCAGGAGCCGACACUGACUUGACGACACACUUUACUUUAUGAUGGUGCCUCCCACCAAGUAAGAAGAGGCAUUCUCCCUUCAGCCUCACACAAUGGAAUACCUCUUCUCAGAUUGAACUUGCUGUUGCAUACCUGUGUGCCAUCUCAAAACAAAGUAACAGCAUGUAAAUGUAUGCAUUUGAUUAUUAGUCAAUUAAAACUCAUUUGAUUAAUUGCCUGUAUUGCCUUUAAUCAGGUGAUGGCCCUAGUUUAAAAAUUGUGGUGUGGGUAUACCCUAAUAUAAGGGGAGGAGAGCUGGUCUUGUGCUAGCAAGCAUGAAUUGUCCUCUGCUAAGCAGGGUCCACCCUGGUUUGCAUUUGUAUGUGAGCACUGUAAGAUAUUCUCCUUAAGGAAUGGCUAUUCUGGGAAGAGCAUCUUCAUUUUUGCAUGCAGAAGGUUCCCAGUUCCCUCCCUGGCAUCUCCAGAUAGAGGUGGGAGAGAUUCUUGCCUGUAACCUUGGAAAAGCCACUAACAGUCAUUGUAGACAAUACUGAGCUAGAUAGACCAAUGGUCUGACUCAGUAUAAGGCAGCUUCCUAUGU